UAAAACAUGGGAUAAAGUUAAAUAUCGAAACGCAUGCUUUUUCAUAUAAAGAAAAAUCAAAUCAUACAUCGUUUUUUCUUUUAGUAUACAGGAUCAAACGUCAAAAGAAAACAAUCCAGCUUCUCUUGGGAUCCGAGCUCAAUCUCUGUCCGUGUUUGCUUACGUAAGCGUCUACGUCAUGGUGAAGGUCUUCCAAGCAGCCGAUGCGACCGAUUUGGUGACGGAGCUUCGUCGGAGCUUCGAUGACGGAGUCACUCGCGGCUACGAGUGGAGAGUCACUCAGCUUAAAAAGCUUCUCUUAAUCUGCGAUAACCACGAGCCUGAGAUUGUCUCCGCUCUCCACGACGAUCUCGGCAAGCCUGAGCUCGAGUCUUCCGUCUAUGAGGUAGCUCUGUUGAGAAACUCUAUCAACUUAGCUGUUAAGCAGUUAAAAGACUGGAUGGCACCAGAUAAGGCUAAGACUUCUCUAACAACCUUUCCUGCAUCAGCAGAAAUUGUGUAUGAGCCUCUUGGAGUUGUGCUUGUUAUCUCUGCCUGGAAUUAUCCCUUUCUGUUGUCUAUUGAUCCUGUUAUUGGUGCGAUAUCUGCUGGGAAUGCUGUUGUCCUAAAGCCAUCAGAACUAGCUCCAGCUUCAUCCUCUCUGCUUGCAAAGUUACUUGAACAGUAUCUAGAUUCUUCUGCAGUGAGAGUUGUUGAAGGGGCUGUCACUGAAACAACUCUGCUACUGGAGCAAAAGUGGGACAAAAUAUUCUACACAGGUAGUUCUAGAAUUGGGCGUAUCAUAAUGAUGGCAGCUGCAAAACAUCUCACACCGGUUGUCCUGGAGCUUGGAGGAAAAUCUCCUGUUGUUAUAGACUCAGACACCAAUCUGAAAAUUACUGCCAAACGGAUAAUUGCAGGCAAAUGGGGUUGCAACAAUGGACAGGCAUGCAUUUCUCCAGACUACAUCUUGACAACAAAAGAAUUUUCUCCAAAAGUGAUUGAUGCACUGAAGCAAGAAUUGGAGGCAUUUUAUGGGAAGAACCCUAUGGAGUCCAAAGAUAUGUCACGAAUUGUAAACUCGAAUCACUUUGAUCGCCUGUCUAAGAUGUUAGAGGAGAAGGAAGUUUCUGACAAAAUCGUCUAUGGGGGUCAAAAGAACAGAGACAAGCUAAAAAUUGCUCCAACAAUUUUGGUCGACGUGCCAUUAGAUUCUCAGAUAAUGAGUGAAGAAAUAUUUGGCCCUCUCCUUCCAAUCAUCACGCUCAACAACUUGGAAGAGUGUUUUGACGUGAUUCGUUCUCGACCUAAGCCACUUGCUGCAUAUUUGUUUACCCAAAACCAGAAGUUGAAAGAGAGAUUUGCCUUGACAGUUUCUGCUGGAGGCAUCGUGGUCAACGACAUAGCUGUUCAUCUUGCAGUUCCCACAUUGCCAUUCGGAGGAGUCGGUGAAAGUGGAAUGGGUUCUUACCAUGGUAAGUUCUCAUUUGAUGCUUUUAGUCACAAGAAGGCUGUUCUCUACAAAAGCUUUAUAGGUGAUGCAGCAAUCAGGUAUCCACCCUACUCUACAGGAAAGCUUAGAUUGUUAAAGGCGCUUGUCAACAGCAAUAUACUCGAAAUAUUCCGAGUCAUUUUAGGUUUAUCUUAAAAGGUUGAAGAUAAAAGAACUACACACACAUUCUCUUCGAUUAGGUUUUUUUUGUUGUAUGUUUUGGUGUUGAUGAAUAUUGAAAGUCUAUAAAUAAGUGGUUUCUUCUUUUCAA